AUGUAUCAUGUUACAAAGCAAAUACAUGGGGCAUUUUUUAUAGAUGGUCCUGGUGGAACAGGAAAGACUUUUUUAUAUAAUGCUUUAUAUGCAGAAAUAAGGCUCAUAAAUAAAAUUAUCUUGCCAACAGCAACAUCCGGUAUAACUGCAGCUAAUAUUCCUUCUGGAAGAACUGCACACUCACGGAUAAAGAUUCCACUAGAUCCUCUUGAAUCACUUGCCUGUAAUAUACCUAAACAAGGAAGUCUAGCAGCAUUGCUUAGAGAAACAACACUCAUCAUUUGGGAUGAAGCUUCGAUGGCAAAAAAGGAAAACAUUGAGUCACUUGAUGUGUUACUUAGAGAUAUUUGUAAUCCAAAUUUAUUAUUUGGAGGUAAAAUUGUUGUCUUUGGAGGAGAUUUCAGACAAGUUCUUCCUGUCGUUCCAAAGAGAACACAACGUGAAGCAGUUGCUGCUAGCUUGGAUACAGAAGAUUCAUUUGUGCAGCUGCCAGCAGAAAUUGUACAGCCUUAUGAUGUUGCUACACCUCAGGAUAUGCAUUUGACUUCGGUUGCAUUUCCAGAAAUGGAUAUGCUUCCAUUUAGUGCAGACAUAUUUACAACUAGAGCUAUACUCACACCAAUCAAUGAUGAUGUGGAUAUUAUAAAUACAAUUUUGAUAGACAAAUUUCCAGGUGAAGCAGUGGCGUACAAGAGUUAUGAUUCAAUGAUCGAUGAUGAUUAUAACAUCUAUCCUACUGAAUUUCUGAAUAAGCUCUGUCCUGGUGGCAUGAGCCCUCAUGAACUCAUAUUGAAACCUAAUAGUCCAGUUAUCCUGCUAUGUAACAUCUUACCAUCAUCUAGGCUUUGCAAUGGAACGCGCCUAAUAUGUAAAAAAAUAUUCCCAAAUCUCAUUGAAUGUGUUAUUACUAUUGGGCAUUAUAAAGGAGAACAUGUAUUGAUACCAAGGAUUAAUCUAAGACCAUCAGAGUCUUCAGGUUAUCCUUUUCAAUUUCAAAGGAAACAAUUCCCUUUAAAGCUUAGCUUUGCGAUGACCAUCAUCAAAGCUCAAGGGCAAACACUUAAUAAAAUUGUUGUUUACCUACCAAGAUCAUGCUUCUCAUAUGGUCAGUUGUAUGUUGCCCUUUCCCGAGCUCGACAAGCAACUAAUGUCAGUGUUGUAACUGACAUAAAUGUUGAUCAGGCCAGUUUUUGUCAUGUCAAAAAUGUUGUCUCUUAUGAUAUUUUACAUAUGGCUGGCAUCAUUUGA